AUGAACCCCCACCCGCGGCGCAUCCGCCUGAAGCCCUGGCUGGUGGCCCAGGUGAACAGCGGCCAGUAUCCGGGUCUGCGCUGGGUGGACGCGGAGCAGAAGCGGUUUUGCAUCCCCUGGCGCCACGCCACUCGGCACGUGCCCUGCCAGGAUGACGAGAACACCAUCUUUAAGGCCUGGGCCAAAGAGACGGGCAAAUACAACGAGGGCGUGGACGAGCCGGAUCCGGCCAAGUGGAAGGCCAACCUGCGCUGCGCCCUCAACAAAAGCCGAGAGUUCAGCCUGAUCUACGACGGGACCAAGGACACGCCCAUGCAGCCCUACAAGAUUUACGAGGUCUGCGACGCACCCCUGCCCAACGGAGAGAGCUUUGCUGGAGAAGAGCUGGUGGGAUGUGAAGAAGAGGAAGAGCUGCAGAAAAUGAUGCCCACCUUGAGAAUCGCAGAUCCGUCGCACGUGGCAGAACCCCUGCCCCCCUACCCGUGGCUCAAGCAAGAGACCCUCUACUCCAACCCGUGCGCCAACGGGACCUUCCCCCACUUGGAGGUGGGGCCUGUACCCCCGGCACCGGCGCCCGUGGGGGCCUUCGCGGUAGGAGGGGAGCCUCCGGUGCCCAGCUUUGCCGAAUCUGCGAGCCGGAUGUCGCUGGUGCCGGAGAGCAUGUCCAUGUCAGGCAGCCUGGCGCCUCUGCCCCAGGGGGACUGUCCGGGAGCGCCCGUGGAGCAGUUCAUCCCGAAUUUAUUGAUCAGCCCGCACAUGCUGCCACUGACCGACCUGGAGAUCAAAUUCCAGUACCGCGGACGUCCGGUGGGGGCCCUGACCAUCAGCAACCCCCAGGGCUGUCGCCUCUUCCACAGCCACCUGGAGCCCACCCAGGAGCAGGUGGAACUCUUCGGCCCGGUGACGCUGGAGCAGGUCCGCUUCCCCAGCGCCGAGGCCGUCCCCAACGAGAAGCAGCGCUACUACACCCACCAGCUACUCGACGUCCUGGACCGGGGUCUGAUCCUGGAGCUGCAAGGCCAGGACAUUUACGCCAUCCGCUUGUGCCAAUGUAAAGUCUUCUGGACCGGCCCGUGUGCCGGACAGCUGCCCGGGCCCAAUCCUAUCGAGCGGGAGAAGAAGGUCAAACUUUUUAGCCUGGAGAAUUUCCUCAACGGACUCAUCCUGUUCCAGAAAGGCCAGAGCCCGACGCCACCUCCCUAUGAAAUAUUCUUCUGCUUUGGGGAAGAAUGGCCCGAUCGGAAGCCCAAGGAGAAAAAACUCAUCACGGUCCAGGUUGUCCCCGUAGCCGCCCGGCUCCUUUUAGAAAUGUUCUCCGGAGAGUUGUCCUGGUCGGCCGACAGCGUCCGCCUGCAGAUCUCGCACCCGGACCUCAAGGACAAGAUGGUUUCGCAAUUCAAAGAACUGCAUCAGCUCUGGCAAAACCAGCAAGGCAUGCAGGUCGCCCAGCUGGAGCCGGGGGGACCCAGCAGCUGGGAAAUGCAGACCGGGGGCAACAGCAUGCAGCAGUGA